UCCAUCCUUAACAAGAAACCAACAUCAAGAAAUAAUUAAAUGGCUUCAAAAGCACUGGCAACAACUGCCCUUUUGCUCUGCCUCAACCUGGUUUUCUUCAACUUGGUUAGCUCAACUUAUGUACCUUGCCCACCCCCACCUCCAUCUGGUCACCACCACCACCACAAAAAAGGCAGUUGCCCAAAGGAUGCCCUUAAGCUUGGUGUGUGCGCCAACAUCUUGAACUUGGUGAAGGGCGUGGUAAUUGGUCAGCCACCCUAUAAACCAUGCUGCAGCCUCAUCGAGGGUCUGCUUGAUCUUGAAGCUGCAGUUUGUCUUUGCACCGCCAUCAAGGCUAAUGUCUUGGGCAUUAACCUUAACAUUCCCGUUUCUUUGAGCUUGGUGCUCAACAACUGUGGAAAGAAGGUCCCAGAAGACUACAAGUGCGAAUGAGCCUAUAGUUCAUUAUCACAAAUGGCACGUGGUUUACUCCUUUUCAUUUUAUUUGUUUAUGUUUGGUUAUAAUCUGGUUAAUUUAUGUUCAUUGUUUGGAUCGUUUAUCCUAAACUUUCUAAGGUAUGAUCUAUUAGUUAUUCAUCAUUUUUUCCUUUUAUGUCAAACAC